UUGCUUUCAUUGUCAGGCAGUUGAGUUUCAAUUUCACUAUUGUUAUUUCAAAUAAACUGUAAACUGCUUGUUACUACAGAUUCCAAAUCGCAGCAAGGAUCAAAUCAAGGCACAUACGGGAGACAUUGGGGCUUUAAACUUUAGAUCUGCCAGCUGUCAAGACAGAGACCAUGGCGUUUCAGAUGUCAAAACUUGCUGCUCGUGUUUGGCUCUUCAAAAGCGUUGGGUUCCCAUCCAGCGCUGGGAACAGAUGUCCGACUCAUCUCGGUUUAAUCAGCAGACUUGCACUUCGCUCCUUUCAUGCGCUCAAAGCGCUGCCCUCCCCGGGGCUCUUACGUAAAGCAGACAGGUGGGAGAAGGUUUCCACGGCCUCAAAGUCACUUCACAGGCGGAGUGGAGGGGCUGUUAAGGCUCGCCGCAUCACCGGGGCUGUAGUGGGCGCCGUGGGGGUCUCUGCUGUGGCGCUGGCCUCUCUGAGCACGAGCACGCUGCACGCCAUGAGCGCGCGGCCCGACCUUAACCUGGAUUCAGAGAGCAGCGACUGGACAGAGGCGAAGAAAAAGCUUUGCUCCAUGGAUAAGGAGAAGAGGAGGGAAACGUACAGGGUUGAUUUCAUUCCUCUGGAGAAGAUUCCUGUCUGGAGUCCAUCAGGCGACUCCUCUUGUAAGCCUCGGUACAAAGUCAAUGAAGAGCUGAAUAAGAAAAUAUCCCUCUUCAGUGGUGACAUCACAAAACUGGAGAUCGACGCAGUCGCCAACGCAGCUAACAAGACACUUCUGGGUGGAGGAGGAGUGGGAGACAUCAGUCCUGAUGCGCAAGAGCUGAGAGAGCUCCGAGAUUGUGUUGUAUUGAAAGGACACAGUGACAUUAGAGUCUCUUGGGGUUUUGUUGCAUUUGUGGUGUUAUCUGUGGAUGGUGUGCCAUUCGUGACCGGGGCUGGUCCCUCUUCUGGAGGAAAACUGAGCCACAGUUGA